AUGGUCGCCAAAACGAUUUCGGAGACGCAAGAGGUGCUGAAAAGCAUGGCUCUCAAGCGUAAAAACCCCGUCGACUCGGCCACCGGAAUCUCCGAGUGUUUCCACAAGGUCUCGACCUCCAUGUAUGUGUCUCUGGCGCCCAUGUUCAGCCAGAAGCCCGUGGCUGGCAUCAAAAGCCAGCAUCUGGACCCACUGGUGGCCCGCUACUUUGCUCCUGCGGGCGGCGUGGUUCUGGCACAUUACAACCUCAAGCUGUACAAACGGGGAAGCGACUCUGAGGGCUCUGCUGUCAUGGGCAAGUUUGUCAACGAGUCCCCAUUCACCUUCAUGUGGAUUAGUACAGACCUUCUUGUGUGGAAGCCUCAGGUCGGCGACCGUCUGGAGGGAUACGUAAACAUGCAGACUCCUUCUCAUAUCGGUCUUCUUGUCCACGACACCUUCAACUGUUCCAUCAAGUACGCCAACAUUCCUGAGGACUGGGUCUUCACUCCCUUUGCUGAGUCAGGACAGCCGACAGCCGCCAAGAAGGACCGAGUUCGUCAGUCCAUGGGCUACUGGUCGGACGGCUCUGGCAAGCGAGUCGAGGGCAAGCUGGAGUUCAUCAUCAAGAGCGUUCACACUGCCAACAUGGUUUACCUGUCUGGUUCUCUGGUUGAUACCUAUCCCGCACAGUCAGGGGGCGCUGUGAGCGAAGAGCCCCAGCGAAAGAAGACGAAAUUCACAGACGAGGAUCCCAUCGAGGAGAUUGCCGAGGAAAAGGCAGAGGAGGAAGAUAAGGAGGUUGAGCAGAAGGAGGAGGACGCCGCACAGGCCAAGAUUGGCUAUGAUAGCGACAGUGCUGCAAGUGACGAUAGCGACAGUGAUUAG